UGGCGCUGUGAGCUCUACUAGAGUGCCUCACUUCCGGCGGCAUAAUGACAGGAGGAGAUUAUAGCAUCGGCGCCUAACAAAAUACCAUCUCAGGUUGAUGGGGCCAGACAGUGCCCCAGGUCCAGCUGUGCCCUGGCGGAAGGUGCUGUGGGCGUGCCAGCCGUACCCCGAUAACUAUGUAGACCAGCGGUUCCUGGAGGAAUUACGGAGGAAUGAGGGCAUCCGUCAGUACCGCUACUGGGCUGUGGUCAAAGAAGCAGGCUUUGUCGGAGAGCAGCUCUCUUGUGUGGCCAUUUUUAUCACCAUCUGGCUUUACAUUGAGCAGGGCCUGCUGUCCCCCGAGACACUGUUGUGGACCAGCCUUGUCUGCGCCCUGCUGGGCUAUGGACUGCACCAAGCCUUGGCUUCUCAAGUCGAAUCAGGCUGUGAGCCCCGGACCCGUCUGGCUGACUUACAGAGUGCCACUAUUUUUCUUUCCUUCACCUUUGGCUUCUCGCCAGUUCUAAAGACACUUACAGAGUCUGUGAGUACCGACACGGUGUAUGCCAUGUCUGCUUUUAUGCUGCUGGCCCACCUGGUGUCAUUCCCUUAUGCCCAGCCCUCACCCCCUGGCAGCUUCUCCCUAAAUGCAGCCCUGUUUGCCUCAGUGUGUUUAGCCUCAAGGUUACCUGGGGCUCUGCACACCUUUGCCAUGCUCAGCUGUGCCCUGCUGGUGUUUGCACUGUGGCCCUGCCUGCUGCAGAGGCUGAGGGAGAACGCCCCUAGCCAUUUUACCGGGGUGUGUGUGGGAGUGUGUAUCGGAGGGGUGGUUGGUCUGGGCUCCCAGUGGCCAGGCGGAGCCGUGCUCUUAGCGUUGGCUUUGUGGAGUGUUACAUUACUCUGCCCCCUGCUGCUAGUCAGACUGCAGAGGCAAAAGGACAACAUCCAUGGACCCUGGGAUGAGGCUGAGAUUCAUGAGGACCUCAACCACUUCCAUCACUCAUAGCCAAAAGGAGCAAAUGGUGCUAACCUGACAUUUUGUGGAAGCCAAUUAAGAAUGUUAAAUUAAUUAUUUUUAAUGCCAUUCUGCAGUAUUAUGAUGGUACUGCACAUCUAAAUGGACAAACCACAUGCCAUGACAACGUGUUGAUACUCAUAGAUUGUGAAGAUGUUUUAAUGUUCAAGCUGCUAUUGUCUUAAAAGUGUUGACCUCCGAAUUUGUACAGAAGGUAUCAACUAAAAUGCAAUGCUGACUUACAUUACUGGUCACAUUCUGACGCUAUGCACCAAUUUGAUAUCAGUGAUGUUUUUAGAAUCUGUGGGAGAUGUUUUUACGGGUGUGUACAGAAUCUUAUUUCUAUGGUAUGACUGUACUGCAUAGUGUUUAACCCAGUGGAUUAUAAACUGGUAAAAUACACAGAAGUACAAAUUAAUAUUUUUAAGGUUAUUGCAAU